AUGCUGGGGCCAGGGAUCCUUGAUGACACGGCGGCAGUCGAAGCUGAGUCUUCGAACCUCUCUAUCUCGGACGAUGACGAGGUCAUGGUCGACCCGGACGAUCUUCUCGAAUACGAAAAUCUGAUGCGGUCUCGCCUCCCCUCUAUCCCUCCAGUCGACCUAUCGUACCUCGAGGAUGUUACCACUAUCCCACAGCAAACUGAAGGCCAUGGUGACGAGCGAACAGAAGCGGAGCGAGAGGCAGAAAAGACGAUGACCAAGGCGGAGAAGCAGAAUGCCAAGAAGAAGAGGCGGAAGGAAAGGGAGCGGGCAAUGAAGCAGAUGGUUGAGGACGCUAUUGGGCCAGGACGGAGAGGAGAAACUAUACAUGCGGAAGUUGAGGCAGAGAAGCAGAUUCCUUUCCGCCUGUUCUCCUCCAUGCCGGUUCGACCACUAUCCCUUCUGCCCGUCAAGGAGGACUAUCAGACGCCUAUCAACCCCCGUCACAUCCCGCUCGACAGCGCAGUCACCGCCAAAAUCCGCCAAGCUGCAAGCUCCGCCGCUGCUGCUUGGGAGGACAGCUCGAGACCCCUCGAUAUCGCCCCACCUGCCCAGGCAUCGCAUCCGACCGCAUCGACUCGGCUGGAAGGAGAAAUGACACUAGCUGUGCCCCUCCCCCUCAUCUCUCUCAACCUCCCUACUCCCGGUCCGACCCUCAUCCACAUUCUUCCAUCCACCUAUCCCGCCCUCAUCGCCAGUAAGAUCAAGUCGAAAGGCCGAACCGUCUCCGUCCUUCGCAUACCUCAAGCGCCCGUACCAGAGCCCGCAUCUACCAAACUCUCUAGUCGGAAGCGGCGCCGGGUACAGGCGCAGCCAUACCAAACCCAGCAGGCGAGAUAUUGGGCGCCUGAAGUCGGGCUGGGAGGGAAGGCGAGGGGUUACGGAUAUGGAUACAGAGGUAGCGAGGAGGGUAUGAGAGAGAUGGGGUGGGGCUACGUCCGGUCGUAG